UUGCUAACCCUUCGUCGAAUUAGAUGUAGCGGCUUGAAGGGAUGCAAUGAUAUGGAGCUGCCAGGGAAGAGGAAAAGAGGAAGGCCAAAGAGGAGGUUUAUGGAUGUGGUGAGGGAGGACAUGCAGGUGGCUGGUGUGACAGAGGGAGAUGCAGAAGACAGGAAGAAAUGGAAACGGAUGAUCUGUUGUGGCGACCCCUAACGGGAGCAGCCAAAAGUAGUAGUAGUAGAUCAGUACUCAGUAUUGAAUGCUGAAGUGUCUCUGGAUGGGCAGCUCCCCCCUCUGUUUGUCCUGCCGGUCCGGACCAAGAAACGGCACUUCAUCCCACCAGCGGUGAAAAAUAAGAGAAAACACGAGCAAGACCCGGAGGCAAUGGCCAGGGCAGCUGGCAUCGUUUUCAGACAAGAAUACAUGGAGAGACCUAUCAACAUUUCCUGCACUGCGGGAGUCUUUGACCCGUACAUCCCCCCUGAGGGCGAUGCCCGUCAGUCCACUCUUUCUAAGGAGGGUCUGAAACAACGCACCGAGCAGUUGCGACAGACUGCUGCCUCACAGCUAGCGUUACGCAAGAUCAAAGAGCACGACCCUCAGUUCUCCACCAAAGACUUCCCGGAGAGAAGUCAAGAAAUGUUCAUAGAGGCUCACAACUCCCUGACACAGUUUAACAAGGAGAAACUGCACUCCUUGGUGACCGAGAGGUGCUAUCCUGAUAUGACGAGAGGGAACCGUUACAAGACGAUCCGCUGGAGGUUUAUGGAGUCCCUGGAACCUCCCAGGCUGGUCCAUGCACGCUGCCCCGACAUGGUCACCAAGGGAAAUCUGUAUGGCCAAGUGACGGUUCGCAUGCACUCCAAACAGACUCUGGCCAUCUAUGACCGCUUUGGGAGGCUGAUGCUUGGCAGCGAGGAGGAGCCAAAGGACGUGCUGGAGUACCUGGUGUUUGAACGACACCUGAUCAACCCCUAUGGCAGCUGGAGGUUACAUGGAAAGAUUGUGCCUGCCUGGGCUCCGCCGAAGGACCCUAUUAUAAAGACCGUCAUCAUUCCUGGUCCAGAGCUGAAGCCAGGCGAGGAAUUCGAUCUCCAUAAAUAUGAAGUGCCCAAACCAAAGGCUGUGCAGUGGUACAAAUGAGCCACUGAGGGUCGCUGUUCUUACCAUGUAAUCAGGCUGGGAAAUUGCUUGCAGGCACAACCUGUUGAAGUUUGCCUGCAGUUGGUUACUUUGUCAACUCUGCCACUGUGGAAGGAUACAAAAUAUUUCCAGACAUAUUCUAGUCUGCUUGGUAGACUCAUUAAAGCGACUGGUGAAUUGUGGAAGUAGUUGCAAUGCAGACUGUUAUACUAAAGUUUGUUUCUUGCUCUGUCUCUUAACAUAGUGACUGUAUAACACAAGUCAGAUAAAUAUUGGCCCAUCAUCAUGACUGUUUUUUUUUUUAUGUGUGACUUGACCACAUUCAUUGUCCCUUCCAGGUGUACCAUACAAAUGCAACAUUUCCAGAUCUCCAGUGAUGACAUGGUUUAUUUCUAUAAAUGAUUAUAUUAAGUUAAUUUUAGAACUACAAAAAUAAAAUGUCCCAUCCAUAU